AUGAAGAUGUCGCCAAUCCUGAUAUCUCUGGCCGUUUUCUCGAUUCCAUCUGUCGCAAGGAGGGCGACAGAAGACGGCCACCGAUACUUCCGACACGCUCGCGACGAGCCGAGUCGAACAGCUCGACCGUGUCCUACACCUGCAGAAGCCAAAGUCGCGCGGCGGACGCCAAAUCCACUUGUGCCGACCUAUAAGGGCGUCAGCGGUGAUAUGUAUGGCCAAGGCAGUACUUAUGAUGAGAGUAAUGAGUAUAAUAAGGUCAGCAAGUAUGGUCAGAGCAAUGAUUACGCCCAAGGAAAAGUGCACGGUGAGACGAGUGAGUAUAGUCAGGGUUAUACAGAUGAUCAAGACAAAGGCAACGAGCAAGGUGAUGUACAACUGGACUCUCGGCUGAGUACACAGACUGGUUCAACCAGCUAUACGGUCUGCGAGCAAUUGCCAUUGAACCAACGAAGGGAGAGUCAAGAGCAGAUGCAGGUGAACCAACAGCAGAAUCAGUAUCCCUCGCAGGUCGAAGGGACUUACACGGCCAAUCAAAGAUGUUCUGCAAUACUCAGCAGACAUCGAGAGCGAUGCGAGGAGGAGCAGCGAGUCUAUGAAGGUGACAACUCGCACCAUAAGCCUCCGUCGCACUACAAGCAGAUUGCUGCUAACAAGAAUGCCAUGCCGGGGAAUGGUUUGCAAGCCAACGCAAAUAACAACAACUACGGCGCUGUCACGCCCAGGCCGACACCAACGCCAACAGCAACUAGCUACUCCUUUCAGCCGAACCUCGAGUGCCAUGUAGCUGAGAUGUCAAUGGCCACGGCAAUGGAGAAGGUAUGGUGCACAUGCAAUAAUUCCCAGGUCCGCCCACUCUACAGUGGCAGCGACCCCAUCUUCAGUGGUGCUGCCUGUCCCGCAACAUUUCAGUUCGAGAACGGCCCGACGACACCGGAUGGGAUGGAUCAGUACGUGCUUACGCAGUCCAGCGACGGAACUGUGUGGAAAUGUCAAUACACUACGCAGAUCCCAGGAGAGCGUGACGUCCGCGUGAGUUGUCUCCCUGGCAAGCGCUUGAAAUUCAUCUGCAUGGUCGUGCUAAUGGCCCAAUGCAACCCACAGUGCCUCAACCCCUCGAUCAUCCACCUCCCGCACCCUCACCUCAGUGUCCAACAAGCCACAGGCGCCAACGUCUACCUCGGCAACCUAUCCUCCACCGACCUCUCCGCCAGCCUAAGCAACAUGAUAGUAACCUCCUGCACCCUCCCCAUGACAACCCCGAUCGGCAACGCCCCGAGCACCGCCCUCGUCUGCCCAACCGCCAUGACCAUCCCAGGUAUAACCUACGUGAAAGAACUCGACGAUCCACGCUUCUACUCCGGGGACCUCGUGGCCGAGAUCAUCGGGAAUACUUUCUUCCCUUCCCCUGAAGUCCUGGAGAUCCUAGCUAGAGCUUGGGCAACUAUAGCCAACGUCACCGUGACGGAAAAGUCGGAUCAGCUCUGCACGAACCUCAAACGCGGCGUUCAGAAUAUAGGUCGAGGAUCUUCCUUCCACUAUCUCGACGAUUUUCCCAUAUGUAAGAUGGCGGCCGAAUGGCUGAUGCUCUGGUCCAAUGAUCAGGUCGAAGGGAGUCAAGGCGUGGAUGCUCAACUCUGGGUCCGGCUGAAGUUCGAGAUGGAUCCGAAUAGAAAGGAUAAUCCAUGGGACGAUGAUGUGUGUAAGGCGGCGAUGGCGGUGGGCAUUGUGGAGAUCAUCGCGUGUAUCCUUUUCCCGCCUACCUGUGAGGUUGUUGGGGCGGCGGCGGCGGCGUUGAGUUUUGUUUGUAAUGCUGGGUCGUCUUCGUAG